GUCACUAGCUUUCCCAUCCCGCGAAUACUCGAGAACCGCCCCCAAACCUGAACGUGGUCUACAGUACAACUCCGUCCACCUAGUGGGGCAAAGCUGGAAACCAGGGAAUCAUCUUCGACAUUCCCCUGUCCCUCAUCCUCAUAUAAAUCAAGUCCUAACAGUUUUACUUCCUAAUAAGCCUUUCUUUCACCAUCGCGGCUUCCACCAUCAUCUCUUCUUUGGAUACUACAGCAGCCUCCUAACGGGUCAUCCCGCAUCUACGCUUGCUGCCCUCCAGUUCAUUCACAUAUCAUCAGAUGGGUCUUUUAAAAACACACAUAAAGACCAAAAUUCUUCCUGUGACCUGCAAAGCCCAACAUGGUCUAGCUUCUGCCCACCUUCAACCUUAUCCGCUUACUCAUCUCAGCCACAUUGGCCUUUUUUUAGUUUCUGGGACAGCAUACCAGGCUCUUUCCUGUCUCAUGGCCUUUGCACUUGCUGCAUCUAAAGUGAGCCCUCUUUGGUAUUGGCAGUUUAUUUGUUUCUUACAGAAUAUUAAUCAUAUUAUCUAGUUGUUUGCUUGCUUAUUACUGUUUCUCCAACUAGACUUUAAAUCCAUGAUAAACUAUGCCCUGUUUUGUCAUCAUUGAAAACCCAGCAGCCUGCACAAUAUCCACCAUAUAGCAGAUGCUCAGUAUUUAUCAAAUGAACAAAUAAAAGACCUGGUUUUAGCAAGCAUUAGGGAUCCUCUGUGUCUAUGUUUACAUAUAUAGCUUAUAAAGCACUUAAGUCUGGGUUAUUCCAUUUAUUCAUUGUUUGCACACUUUAUGCCAAGAUAUUGUGCUGGACACUGAGAGACACAAAGAAGAAAAGAUAGCAGUCCCUUUGAAGAGCUCACAGCCCAGAUGUGAUACCUGUUGUAACGGAAGGAAGCUUGGGCACAAUAGAAACCUCUAAGUCUGCCAGAGGAAACCAGGAAGAGCUAAUUUCCCAGAAGCAAUGACAGGAGUUGGAAUCUGAAGAGAGUGAGGGUCUGGGAAGGCAUCCCAGGUAGAAGGACUAGCAUACGCCAAGCUUGGAAGCAUUAAACAACAAGCCAUAUUAUGCUGGGUGUUGUAGUGUAGGUUGCAGUGGAGAGAAUAGCUGGAGUGGUAGGUUAAGACAGGCUGAGAGGUUUAAAUGUUAUCCUUGAAAUAACCCUGUAUGAAGGUGGCAGGGUAAAAUAUUGUUUAUUCCCAAUUUUCAGGUGAAGAAACAGGUUCAGGUCCGUUGUAGAGUAAGUAGCAGGGCUGGCAUUAGAAUCCAGUUCUGAUUCCCUUCUGUAUAGUUCACUGCAAGAUUAGUGCUUAUUAGCUAUAUUAGUGGGAAUGGCAAGUUCUGGAGAUGGCGUGGUAUUGGAGGACCCACAGGUGAAGUGGGCAGAGUGGGACUCAGGACUUGCUUCCUGGCAACUGUGUGUCCUCUCCUUGCCCUGGGCUCCAGAUCCAGCAGUUCCUGCGGUUAGCCCAGCAGGGGACAGAGGGAAAACAGAGAGAGAAGGCGCUGGUCCACCUUCGUCGAGGCUUGCAGCACCUCGAGACACAGCAAACUUUCAUCCGGAGCUGUGUCUGUACACACUGGGUAACCUGAUUGUGGAGAGUGAGGCUGUGAGAAGGCAGCUCCUGCCACAGGGCAUUGUCCCAGCCUUGGCUGCCUGCAUCCAGUCCCCCCAUAUGGCUGUGCUGGAAGCCCUUGGAUAUGCCUUGUCCCAACUUCUGCAGGCUAACGAAGCUCCAGAGAAGAUCAUUCCCUCCAUCCUAGGCUCCGCUAUCCCCCGGCAUGUGCUGCGACUGUUGCAGCCUGGUCCAAAGCUGAGCCCUGGGGUCGCUGUGGAGUUUGCCUGGUGCCUUCACUACAUCAUCUGCAGCCAGGUCAACAAUGCCCUGCUCAUUACCCAUGGGGCUCUGUCUACUCUGGGGCUGCUGCUAUUGGACUUGGCUGCGGCUGUCCAGAGAACUGAGGAUGCAGGAUUGGAGCUGGUGGGUGAAGAGGACAGAUCAAGGUCUGGGGGACCUUUCUUCACACUGUGCCCCUCCUCUGGUGUGCUGGUAGCCCCUUCUUUCUUACACCUGACCCUCAACUUCUCUUUGCAGCUGGCAUGCCCUGUGCUUCGGUGUCUCAGUAAUCUGCUAACAGAGGCAGCAGUGGAGGCUGUGGGAGGGCAAAUACGGUUCGGAGAUGAGCGUGUUGUGGCAGCCUUAUUUAUCCUUCUGCAAUUCUUCCUCCAGAAACAGCCCAGCCUGCUUCCUGAGGGUCUCUGGCUCCUUAACAACCUAACUGCAAACAGUCCUAGUUUCUGUACCUCUCUGCUGUCCCUGGAUCUGAUUGAGCCUCUCUUGCAGCUGCUGCCAGUAUCUAAUGUGGUGAGCGUGUUGGUGCUCACAGUUCUGUGCAACGUUGCAGAGAAAGGUCCUGCUUACUGCCAGCGGCUGUGGCCUGGGCCCCUUCUCCUCUCCUUGCUGGACACGCUGGCCUUCUCUGACACUGAAGUAGUGGGCCAGAGUUUGGAGCUGCUGCAGCUGCUGUUCCUGUAUCAGCCGGAGGCAGCCCAGGCCUUCCUGCAGCAGUCUGGGCUGCAGGCUCUGGAAAGGCAUGAGGAGGAAGCCCAGCUCCAGCACCGUGUACGUGCUCUACGGGAGACAGCCCUCCAUGGGUGACCUGACUUCUUGAUGUCACCCAACA